AUGGCAGCAGAGCCAGCGGCCCCAUGGUCGCGCUGGGAUACAUACGGAUCGAUCGCGACGUCGACCUACCGAUCAGUGUUCGGCAACAACCAACAGCAGAAUGCCAACAACCAAUACAACGGCAACUAUAACAAUAACUUUAACAACAACAACAACAACUUGCUUCAGCAACGACAGUUCGACUCCCCCUUCCUCCAACAGCAGGUGGGCAGCAACAGCGGCUCGGUGCUCGUCAAGGCCGGCCUCAUACGACAGGAUUAUAAUCAGCUCGACCCGAACUUCUACGAUUGCGUGUACGCGGUGGCCAACACGGCGAACACGGUCACCGAGACGUGCUACAAGGAGAUUGGCUGCUGCGCCGGCGGGUGCUGCCCCAAUUCGUAUUGGCACGAGAAGUACGGCUGGGCGGUGGCGUUGAUCGUCAUCUUCUGCAUCUUCGUCAUCAUCGGCGUGGCCGUCUGGCUGGUCGUGUGGUUGAUGAACCGGACCCGCGAUAAGCAACAGCGUCGCGACAUGAUGUCGGCCCAGAGUGGAAUUUCCCCAGCGCAUUCUCAGACAAGCCUCUACAACCGGCAGCAAACCCCAAUCUACUCCCCCUACGGCCAGAAUAUGCCCCCGGCCACCAACCACUACAAAUAC